GCCCCUCGACGACCUGGGCAGCCGGAAGCGAGCAUGGCGGCCGCCGGAGCCUCGGCUACCGACCUAGAGUUGGUCCGGGGCAAGCGCGCCGCGCUGUUCUUCGCCGCGGUGGCCAUUCUGCUGGGACUGCCGCUCUGGUGGAAGACCACGGAGACCUACCGGGCCCCGUUGCCUUAUUCCCAGAUCAGUAGGCUGAAUGCCCUGCAGCUCCGGCUCACGGUGCCAGUUACAGUUGUGUUUACUCGGGACUCUGUGCCCCUGGACGACCAGUUGAAGCUACCCUUCACCGUUGUGCAUGAGCGAGAAAUCCCUCUGAAAUACAAAUUGAAAAUCAAGUGUCGAUUCCAGAAGGCCUACCGGAGAGCUUUGGACCACGAGGAGGAGGCAUUGUCACUAGGCAAUGUACAUGAGGCAGAAGCCGUAUUAUUUGAGCCGGAGAAGCAAGCAGAGGGCUCCCUGACUGUGUACAUGAUCUCCGAACACUCCUCCCUUCUUCCCCAGGACGUGAUGAGCUACAUUGGGCCUGAGAGGACAGCUGUUGUACGGGGGAUAAUGCACCGGGAAGCCCUCAACAUCAUUGGCCGUCGCAUAAUCCAAAUAGCCCAGGCCAUGUCUUUGACUGAGGAUGUGCUUGCUGCUGCUCUGGCUGACCACCUCCCCGAGGACAAGUGGAGCUCCGAUAAGAGGAGGCCUCUCAAGUCCAGCUUGGGCUAUGAGAUCACUUUCAGUUUACUCAACCCGGACCCCAAGUCCCAUGAUGUCCACUGGGACAUUGAGGGGGCCGUCCAGCGGUAUGUGCAGCCUUUCCUGAAUGCCCUCAGUGCUGCUGGCAAUUUCUCUGUGGAUUCUCAGAUCCUUUACUAUGCGAUGUUGGGAGUGAACCCCCGCUUUGACCCAGCCUCAUCUAGCUACUACUUGGCCAUGCACAGCCUCCCCCAUGUCAUCAACCCUGUGGAGUCCCGGCUGGGAUCCAGCGCUGCCUCCCUGUACCCUGUGCUCAACUUUCUGCUCUAUGUGCCUGAGCUUGCCCACUCCCCUCUGUACAUUCAGGACAAGGAUGGGGCUCCAGUGGCCACCAAUGCCUUCCACAGUCCCCGCUGGGGUGGCAUUAUGAUAUACAACGUUGAUCCCAAAAUCUAUAAUGCCUCAGAUCUGCCAGUGAAAGUUGAGGUGGACAUGGUGCAGGUGAUGGAGGUGUUCCUGGCUCAGUUGAAGCUUCUCUUUGGGAUUACUCAGCCCCAGGUGCCUCCAAAAUGCCUGCUUUCAGGACCAAAGAGUGAAGGCCUCAUGACUUGGGAGCUGGACCGAUUGCUCUGGGCUCGGUCAGUGGAGAACCUGGCCACAGCCACCACCACCCUCACCUCCCUGGCCCAGCUUCUGGGCAAGAUCAGCAACAUUGUCAUCAAGGAUGAUGUGGCAUCUGAGGUAUAUAGGGCUGUGGCUGCAGUCCAGAAGGCAGCAGAGGAGCUGGCCCUUGGGCACCUGUCAUCUGCCUUUGUGGCCAGCCAGGAAGCUGUGACAUCUUCUGAGCGUGCCUUUUUUGAUCCCUCACUCCUCCACCUCUUGUAUUUCCCUGAUGACCAGAAAUUUGCUAUCUAUAUCCCACUUUUCCUGCCUAUGGCUGUGCCCAUCCUCCUGUCUCUGGUCAAGAUCUUUCUGGAAACUCACAAGUCCUGGAAAAAGCCUGAGAAGGUAGACUGAGCUGGGUGGCAUGUCAGAGGUAGACUUCUUGUCUGGCCAAGCUAGGAGUGUUGGGCCAAGACACCAAAGUGAGGUUUGAUGGUUUGUCUUCAUUCUUCUCUGUUGGCUCUCCACCAACCAAAGGAUGAUGCUCAACGAUGGACUCAUCCUCCCUUCCCUCCCUAUCCCACUGGCUUGAACUUAAAGGCCUUUGCCUGUCUACCCCUGGGCAGUGGCACCUUGUCCUUCCAGCCUGUCAGCACAGCAUACUAUGGCACUGAGGGGUCGAUUUAGGGGAAAUCCUUGGGUUAAAUUGUAGCCCCCUCCUCUCCACUUCUAAGACUUUCUCCCUCCUUCCUCUCCUUCCUGACUGGUAUCACCCAUUGGGUACAGCCUAGCCUGGUCUAGGAGGCAGUGGCUUAGGAACUGGUUCCCCUCUACCCUUUCAGAGAGGCAGUGUGGUAUAGGAGGAAACACUUCUGACUUAGAAUCCAAUAGGCCUGGAUUGGACCCCUGCUGCACUGAGGUACUGGAGAGCUUUAGAUAAGCAGCGCUUCUCACUGAGCCACAGGUUUUCAUCUGUCGGAAAGCAUUAAUGACGUCACUCUCAGAAGGGCAUUGGAUUAAAUGUGAUAAGCAUAUAAAAGUGUUGUGUAUAUUGGGCUCUUUAAAAAUAUGUAUUAGGUUGUUAAUAAACAUUGGUUGAAUAUGA